UAAUGAACAAAAAAAUACUAGUGAUUACAGAUAUUUCUCGAACUCUUCUAUUAGCAGAACGAUUGGGGAAAUAAUUGUACUUGGAUAAGAGAAGAGAAUUAGAUAAUAUAAAACCAAAUGAUAAAUAUGAAAAUUAUAGUAUAAUUUGGAGACCAGGAAGAGAAUUCUUUCUUGAUUCACUUAUGAUUAAAUAUAGAGAUAGGUUUGAUGUUGCAGUAUGGUCAAGUUUAGAUAGAGACAAGACAGCUGCAUUUGCUAAAUCCUUUUUUGGAAAACAUUUUAGAAAUUUACUUUUUGUUAGCACUUGCAAUAGAGAAUAAUAUGAAGGUACUUAAAAAGAGUAUAGUACUGAGCCAAUUAGAAUUGAUAGAGAUUUAUCUUUAAUACAUUAGAAAUUUCCUGAUUAUGAUCUUCCUAAUAUAGUGAUGGUGAAUGUAUUACCCAAUCUUUUGGAAUAACAUUCUUGUAUUAUAUUAUAAAUUAUGAAGUUAAUGAUAUUAUCAUACCAAAAUUUGAUCCUCAAUAUGUUGAUGUGUAAACAGAUGGGUCUCUAGAUUUAUUAGUGAAAUACUUGAAUGGACUUUCAAUGUUAAUAAAUAAACAAAAAAUUUAAGAUAUUAGAACAGCAAUAAGAGCUAAGCCAAUAGAGAAUAUGGACAAGAGAAUGGAUAAUCUACGUAAUAAAAUGCACGAGUAUUUAUGAUUUAUGU